CACUGCACUGCACUGCAUUGCACUGUUCUGCGCUGCGCUGCACCGCACUCUCCCAUCGCUCUGGUCUGCAUCCCGAUUCGCGACCCGUUACGCGCAUCCUGUGAGCUGCUUGGCCGCCAUCAUCAUCAUCAUCAACUCCCGGUUUGUUUGUCACUCGCCGGGAAAUCAGAGGUCACCGUGAGUAGUCCCUCCCGCUCAACUCGCUCUAUUCACCCUCAAUCUCACCUUGCGCAUCAGAUUGUUCGACUUCCUAUUGUCAUGCUGUAGUCCACAAUACCCUCUGCUCGCUUGCCGCCGCCCAUUUCCACCUUCACCCAGCGCCGCCGUCGCCGUCACACCCCUCCCCCGCCGACUUCAAAUAUCUCCGCCCUCCUUCGAACUUCAUGUUCUCCCACUUCCUCCUCGCACCUUAGCACAACUAUCGCCUUCGCGGCACGUCUUCCUAGUCAGCUCAAUCCUGCCCAACCAUACUUCUUGAACACGCCCGCGUGCGCGACUCAAUUGCGCGACUGCCAGCCAUGGCGGGUCCCGAUCGACCACCAGAUACCAUGGUACCUACCACUACCUUGAAGCGCAAGAGGCUCUCCGAAGAAGACCAGGCCGAGCAAGACCGACUAGACAUUGCCUUCAAGCGCAUCAAGAACAACGUGCCAGACGCGCCCUAUAUUCUGUCAACUCCCUCCCUGUUCCCUUAUCGCUACCACUCUCAGCAAGAAUCGCGAGCUUGGAUGAUGGGCCGCCUCUUUCGCCCAGACGAGGAGCAUCUCCAGUAUCGCACCUUUCUCUUCCGCGAACCUUAUCAAGAUUGUUUCACCUUGCAACCUGGCGAAGACAAUGUGCCGGAGCCGUCCCGCCCAAGCUCCAAUGCCACCAGCAGUUCAAGUCAAGCACCCAAGAAGAAGAUUAGUCUGUCUGAUUAUAAGUCGAAGCAGGCCAAUGGUGUCAUCACUCCUGGCUCUAAGAAGGUCUCGCCAAACUUGCCGCCCACCAAAGCUCCUUCGGUACAAAUCAAUGGCGCAAAGCCUACGCCGGAAAAAAGGGCUCCGGAAAAUAUCAAGAAAUUGGACGUGGUGAAAACACAUGAUCGCGUGGCGACUGAAUCGACUUUGCCGGAGAAACCUAAGAAUCCUCCCCAGAAAGAUAUCUCCAAAGCACCCGCUACACGACCUCACAAAGCCGAGCCCGCAGAGACCAAAGCAGCUCCUCCGGACAAAUCAGAUCCGUCCAACUCUACCCCACAUGGUCUCCCACCUCUGCUCUCCCCGGUCGAUCCUCCCUUGGCGAACCCUUAUGGAUUACCCCCAAUAUUAUCUCCAACCUUGCCUGCAAGCAUCACGGAAGCGCUCAAGGACAUAGACAUGAAGCGAGAGCGGGCAGAUUCCAAUACUUCGAAUUCAUCUUCGGAUCCUAGGAGCCAAGUCUCAAACGUGCAUGAUUCGAUUACCUUGAAACCCGGACCAAAAAACAUGGUACGCGAGCGGUCUGUAUCCACGGGCGCAAAGUUUCCCGCAAAAUCCCCCAUUCCCAAACUGUCCGAUCAAACCGAAGAUCCCCAGAAGUUGCUGGUGAAGUUGAAGUAUACGAAGAAAACAAAAGACACCAUAAAGCAACUUUUGAAGCUUCCACCCAAACCCAAAAAGCAACCUGCGGUCGAGAGAAAGGAGCCCGAAGAGACGCCGAAAGACCGCCCGUCUCAUGCUCAGAAGAAGCCAGUAGAUGUUGCUCCUGGCAAAUCAAAGACAGUGCCCAAACCUGGUCCUCGUCGACCCGAGAGUUCUACAGAGACUGUGGGCUUGAAGCCAUCAUCGACAGGCGUCAAAGUGGGGCAAAAGCGGCCCCGACCCGAAGAAGAUGCACCCCAGCCAACCGCAUCAAAGCGACCAAGGGCAUCGUCAAUACAGGAACAUCCAAACACGCCAAAAGAACAGGUUGUCCCGUCGCCUUCACUGCCUAAUAAAUCCAGCAGCCAGAAGAGUAGCCAGAGCUUGCAAGUGACUCCUCGAAAGGACAAGGCUGUCGGUAUGCUUCGCACAACUUCGGUUGAUGGCUACGAUUCAACUCCCGGGAAAGGAAGCGUUCCUUCCUCAUCAAAGCGUCAUGAAAUCAAGGCAUCAUCAUCAGCUUCUCUCAACAAGAAACAAGCUGAUAUCUCUUUGCUACAACAUGCGUCAGCCAAGUGGAAUCAAAAAGGCAGGGAGCUUAAGCAUGAAUGUCAGAGAGUCGAGCAGGAGAAGAAAGAGAAAAACCAAGAGCGCGCCGCUGUCAUAGGUGUCGAAUGUAUCUUAGCAUACAUGGUUGCCUACCAUAUGCAGGACCUUGGCUUGCUCCUUCGCGGCAGACCUGCUGGGGCCGAGGGCACCUGGAUAACGCUUCUUCCUUUAUGCGCUUCUUAUGCCCGUCUCACAAAAGACUACCAGCACCUUGAUGGCUUCCGAUCAUACCUUGCUGCGGUUAUCGCUGCAGACAUCUGCAAUGUUCUGGCGCCACGCGCUCCAAACCCCAAAGCCCACGAUUCGCCCCACGCGCUUCCCUCUGCCGACCUGGCGAAACAACGCAGCCAGGCCAUGGAGAAUUUCGCGAUGCUGUCGGAUCACUACAUGCAAAUGCAACGACACACCCAGGAAGCACGGAUUAGACUGUCCAUGGACGACAUGCGGACUGUUUAUCCCAAGACAUGGGCCGGCGCAGAGUCCAAUGCCAACUUAUCAAAGAUGCCCGAAAAGGCUAACGGUGUCAAACUCUCUGGCCCGUACUUUCUUCCCAUCGCCAACGACACGACGCCUAUUCAGGCUGUUAGGUUCGGCCUUGAGUUCCUUCAUGAGUACUGCGAGAAGGCGGGUGUUGACCACACGAUUCGCAUCAAUCUCGAUCGACCGGAGUGA